AAUUACUCGGCUACCGUUGUAGUUUCGUUUUCAGCUUUGUGUUGGUUACCAUUGGCAGCAUCAGUAUUGGAUGUAAACAAAAAGAAAUGAAACUUUACUUUCAUCAUGGCUGAAAUUAUUUUAAAGCGAAGUAAAUGUUUAGUGUGUCUGAUUGAAUGGAUUUAAGAUUAUUUAUACACUAGUUUAGUUUUUUCUUCAAUUAUUUAACCAGGCAGAUGUAAUUGUUAACCAGAAAAUUCAAUGUUUUUGCUGAAAAAACGAAUUAUUUACUCUACGACAUUCAACAGUUGACAUGAAUUACAAUUCAAUAUUGUCUCCUUCAAAAUAAUUCUUCUCUGAAGCCAUACUGUGUCAGUGACAAUUGUUCCACUUGUAAUAGCAGUGUUGGAACUUGGAUACUGGAAUAGCCUUUAUCUGUCCUUUUUUUUGCCUUUGAAAGGUUCUUCAAUAUUCAAAAAUGACAUCCCUUGAUAUGAAUUAUCGAUCUCGGGAAGAAGAAAAAGGACAGGAAGACUUUAUUCAGGAAUCUGAGAAUCAUCAGUCUGAUUCAUUAUCUGUAAAUGUAAGACCACCUCUGUACUCUGAAAUCCCAGGUACUGUACCUCUUAACACUGGAGCUGAAGGUGGCCCUCCUCCUUCCUAUGAAGAUGUUGUUGAUCCUGAAGCUUCUCCUCCAACCUAUCAGUCUCUCUUUGGUCAAGUACGAGAAGCUCGAAAAAAUUCAAGCAAUUUUAUAGAUUUUCUGCGCAAAGUUAUUGUUAUUUUACUUGGGACAAUUGGAUGCAGUAUAAUUUUGGGUAUUACUAUAGUUGUACCAAUUUCAAUGGUCAUAAUUGGCACUCAAUAUUUUGGAGAAUGUCCUGUAGAACAGUUUAUUCCUAUUUAUUUAAUUGUUGGGGGAGCUUUUGGAAUAUUUAAAAAUUUAUUGGGGUACAUUGCACGUUGUAAAAAGAAUGAUGAUGAGCAAGAACAUAUUAUCCAUCGAUCUCGAGACAGUAUAAUAAACUGCUUUUUAUUUGCCUGGUUCAUUACUGGAUGCAUAUGGACUUACAGAGUUUAUGAACCAGAAUAUGAAGAUAUAACCAGCCCAUUUUACUGUAACAAAACAUUAUAUCUGUUCGCGUUUUGGCUUGUGACAGCUUCCUUUAUACUGUCAGGCCUUUUAACCAUUUUCUGCACAUGUUUCAUCGUCUCUUCUGUAGUUACAAACAUUGAAUGAUAGACAGCAAAUGCAUGUGGUUGUACAUAAUCCUGAAUCUCAAGAUGAUAUGCCUAGUAAUUUUUACCUUUUUUAAAUACACUUGCCAACUCUUAGUGGUUGCAGUGAAAGUCCAAAUUGUUGCCAUCCUUAGAGACUUAACAGUGCUCUAGCCAAAAAGGUUGUUGUACAGGUAAAAAAUGGUUACAGUUUUAUUUAGUUACAUUUUCAUCGUUAACAAUUUUGUUAAAGUUUAUACUGUUAUGAGAUGCAUUAUAUUUAAUUUGUACUAGUCAUACAUAAUUAAUUCCUUAAUUUUUUAUCCUAUCAGUACAUAAUUAAUAAUAUAACUAUUUUUAUUGUUUUACUUCAUAGUUCAGUACUAACUUCUGUUAAUUAUUUUUUGAACUUUGUAACUUUGACUACCAUAAGCACUUUUUAAAAAUAAAAGAAAUUGGGAACAUGAUGAGCUAAAUACAUAACAUAUAAUGUAUACAGAUGAGUCCCGAUUAUCCGACUGUGGACCGCUACUGACUCGGUUACAGCGAAGAGUAGGUAUAGAUGUAAUAUAACAAAUACAAAAUCUAUAUGGGUACACCACACACAAUUCAUAUUAUAAUUAAGAAGCUUAUUA